AUGACCUUGAAUCUGUAUCCCAUCCCAACAACUCCAAUGACCCCUAAGAUGGCCAAUUUUGCCUACAGCAGCACUCUCCCAGAAACACAGGGCGAUCUCGGGCGAGAAAUUCGAGAUGACUAUGCCGUGGUUCGAGAAAGCUAUCAAGUACCUAAAGGCCCGAUAGUGCUCGCCCACGGUCUGCUCGGGUUCGAUGAGUUGCAUGUGGCUGGGAAAUAUUUGCCUGGGGUCCGCUACUGGCGCGGCAUUACAGAAGCUUUCAGAAAAAAUGGUAUUGAAGUCAUUACUGCGUCUGUCCCAGCCUCGGCUUCGAUUGAGGAACGUGCGGUCAAGCUGGGACGAGAUAUCGAACAAAAAGCUCAUGGGAUGAGUGUAAAUAUCAUCGCCCAUAGUAUGGGUGGUCUUGAUGCGAGGUAUAUGAUCAGUCGGCUCAAGCCACCCAAUGUGAAGGUUCUCAGUCUAACGACCGUGGCCUCGCCACAUCGAGGGUCGUAUGUUGCCGAUUACAUAUUUGAUCAAAUUGGUCCACAGCGCUUGCCUUCGAUUUACAAAGUCUUGGAUAAGCUCUCUUUGGAGACGGGUGCGUUCCGUCAAUUGACUAGCAAGUACAUGAAAAAUACCUUUAACCCUGCUACCCCUGAUCUCGAAGGGGUCAAAUACUUUUCAUAUGGGGCUGCUGCAACCCCUGCACCAUUUUCUGCUUUCCGCCAAUCUCAUCAUCUACUCUUUGCACUCGAGGGGCCCAACGAUGGACUCGUCAGUGUCAACAGUAGCCGUUGGGGUCAAUAUCAGGGCACUUUGAUGGAGGUCAGCCACCUGGAUCUGAUCAAUUGGACCAACAGGUUCAGGUGGCUUUUUUGGCAGAUGAUGGGUAACAAGCGUAAUUUCAAUGCAAUAGCACUGUACCUUGACAUCGCUGAGAUGCUUGCUAGAGAAGGUUUCUAG